AUGGGUCUCACGCCUCCAAUUGCUCAGGGCAUUGUAAAGACAGCUUUAUGUCUCCCAUUUGCUUUUCAGGUGUUUAAUUGUACAGAGAUCGAUGACAUACUGGAGAGGUUCUACCUGUCACCAUUUUAUGGACUUGAGUUCUGUAUCGGGUUUCCUGGGAAUCUUAUGGCCAUACUUGGCUAUCUAUUUUGUCUGCCCAAGUGGCGUAGCUGCAAUGUUUACCUCUUCAACCUGGCAAUCUCUGACCUCAUCUUCCUUUGCACGCUGCCCCGGCUCUCCUUUCUCUACGCCAACCAACAGAAGGAGACCAGCUACUACGCUUGCAUCAUCAACCGUUACGUCCUGCAUGUCAACCUCUACUCAUCCAUUCUGUUUAUGGUCUGGCUGAGCAUGGAUCGCUUUUUGCUGAUCCGACACCCUGCACGGAACCACUUUCUGCUGAAUCCCCGGGUGGCGCUGGUUGUGACUGGGUUAAGCUGGCUCGCCGUCAAUGCAGAGGUGAUCCCCAUGAUAGCGUUGAUGCUGCAGGACCUGCAGAGUGGAAACUGGAGUCGCUGCAAUGACUUUGCCAGCCUCCAGGGUGAUGUCAGCCUUUUGGGGUACAGCAUGGGGCUCACCUUAACCGGCUACAUUCUACCUCUGCUUGGUCUCUGUGGUUUCUCCCAAAGGAUCGCGCUGCUAUUGCGGACACAAGAAGCAGCAUUUCAUCGCAGGACGACACAGUACAAGCGUGCUCUCAGGGUUGUAGCUUCGGCGUCAGCCAUGUUUCUGGUUUUGUACACGCCGUACCACGUGAUGAGAAAUGUUAGGAUAGCAUCCCGCCAGGCCUGGGCAGGUGUACACCUAUGUACAAGGAUGUACAUAGAGGGCCUCUACAUCUUGACCCGACCGUUGGCCUUCUUGCAUAGCGUCAUUAACCCAGUAUUCUACUUCCUCAUGGGGGACAAGUUCAGAAAGUUCCUACUUGCAAAGUUUAGAAAGCUGGCAGGAAAGAAAGUGCAGUCAAGAGAGCCUGCGUGA